AUGAGUUGGAUGUUCCUCAGAGAUCUGAGUGGAGUAAAUAAAUACUCCACUGGGAUUGGACGGAUUUGGCUGGCUGUCGUGUUUGUCUUCCGCUUGCUCGUCUACAUGGUGGCAGCAGAGCACAUGGGGAAAGACGAGCAGAAAGAGUUUGAGUGCAACAGUAGACAGCCCGGUUGCGAAAAUGUGUGUUUUGAUGACUUCUUCCCCAUUUCCCAACUCAGACUUUGGGCCUUACAACUGAUCAUGGUCUCCACACCUUCGCUUCUGGUGGUUUUACAUGUAGCCUAUCAUGAGGGUAGAGAGAAAAGGCACAGAAAGAAACUCUAUGUCAGCCCAGGUACAACGGAUGGGGGCCUAUGGUAACUUAUCAGCCUCAUUGUUAAAACUGGUUUUGAAAUUGGCUUCCUUGUUUUAUUUUAUAAGCUAUAUGAUGGCUUUAGUGUUCCCUACCUUAUAAAGUGUGAUUUGAAGCCUUGUCCCAACACUGUGGACUGCUUCAUCUCCAAACCCACUGAGAAGACGAUCUUCAUCUUCUUCUUGGUCAUCACCUCAUGCUUGUGUAUUGUGUUGAAUUUCGUUGAACUGAGUUUUUUGGUUCUCAAGUGCUUUAUUAAGUGCUGUCUCCAAAAAUAUUAAAAAAAACUCAAGUACUCAGUGUGUGAGUGCCACAGCCUCAGAUAUGUUGAAUGUGGUAGGAGAGGGACCCCUCCCCUACUCCAGAAUCAUCAUUCACACUUGGCCAUAAACACACUCCCUCUACCUGAAGCAAAGCUACUUUGUGACACACAAGAGGGUUAA